AUGCCAGGUUUGAUGAUGAUUUGCAUUGCUUUAGCAUCCGGCAACAUCGAGGAGGCGAACGAACAGCUCCGCACGGUCAUCAAGAGAAUUUGGAAGCGUACACCACAGAAGCUGCUCGACGAGGUCGUACCUCCGUCUGGCCGUGAUGACGAAAUAACGGUGGGGAAGUUCUACGCCACUUAUCUCAUUCAAGAUUACUUCCGCCGUUUCAAGAAGCGGAAGGAGGUAGAGCAAAAGGAGUUGAAUCCUCAGGCUAACCUCACAAUGUCCUUGCAGGCUGGCCUACGAACGCUGCAAGAGAUCGGUCCCGAAAUCAAGAGGGCUAUUUCCGGUAACCUCGACACCGACUGGAGCAAGGACUUCGAAGAGCCUCAACAUCGUGUAAUUAUUUCUUUCGUUAAUUUCGUUUUCUCUUAA